AUGGUUUCAAUGGAGGUCGCCAACCGCUCUGGCGGUGCCAUGACGCAACUCUUGCGACGCACCGGUCCCAAUGCCAUUCGAUCAACUAUCGUUCUCCCCUCCAACAAGACCUCUAGGAGAAACUUCUCUACCGCCAAGUCUCUUCCUCCUACCUACGAGAAACUCUACACCAAGUACACCGAUGUGCGCCGAGUUCUCGGAAAGCAGCGCCUGACCCUUGCCGAGAAAAUCCUUUACAGCCAUCUCGACAAUCCCGAGGAUUCUCUGCUCAACAACACCGACAAUGGACGUAACAUCCGUGGCAAAGCCAACCUGCGCCUCAACCCCGACCGUGUCAACAUGCAGGACGCUUCUGCCCAGAUGGCCAUUCUUCAGUUCAUGUCCUGCAACCUCGCCAAGCCUGCUAUUCCCGCAAGCAUCCACUGUGAUCACUUGAUUGUUGGCUCAAAGGGUGCUGCCGAUGAUCUGUCGGCUGGUAUCGAGACGAACAAGGAGGUGUUUGACUUCCUCGAGUCUGCGGCGCGUAAGUACGGAAUGGACUUUUGGCCUCCUGGUGCUGGUAUCAUUCACCAGACUGUUCUUGAGAACUAUGCUCUUCCUGGACUGAUGAUGCUUGGUACCGAUUCUCACAGCCCCAACGCCGGUGGUCUAUCUACUAUCACCAUCGGUGUUGGUGGUGCUGAUGCUGUCGAGGCUCUUGUUGGCGCUCCUUGGGAACUCAAGGCCCCCAAGGUUCUCGGUGUGAACCUAGUUGGCAAGCUGAGCAACUGGGCUUCUCCCAAGGAUGUCAUUCUGCGUCUUGCUGGCCACCUUACUGUUCGUGGCGGUACUGGUUCUAUCAUUGAGUACUUUGGUGAGGGUGUCGAUAGCCUUAGCGCAACUGGCAUGGCUACUAUUUGCAACAUGGGAGCGGAAGUCGGCGCGACUACAUCCAUCUUCCCCUACACCCAAGCCUCGGCUCGAUACCUUGACUCAACUAGGCGAUCUCAGGCAAACAAGAACAUCGAGGCCCUUGAGAGCUUCGCCAGUAACAGUUCAGACCCCGAUGCUCGAUGGCAAUUCAAGGCGGACGAGGGCGCUGAAUACGACGAUCUUAUCACCAUUGAUCUUUCAACCCUUGAGCCUCACAUCAACGGACCCUUCACUCCCGAUCUGGCUACCCCUCUAUCCAAGUUCAAGGACGUCGUUAAGGAACAGGAAUGGCCCCAGCUUCUCUCCGCUGGUCUCAUUGGCAGCUGCACCAACAGCUCCUACGAGGAUAUGACCCGAGUGGAGAGCUUGCUAAAGGACGCAAAGAAGGCUGGUCUUAAGCCUGCUGCGGACUUCUACAUCACCCCUGGCAGUGAGCAGAUCCGUGCCACUCUUGAGCGUGACGGCACCCUCCAGACCUUCGAGGAGGCUGGUGGCAUUGUUCUGUCUAACGCCUGUGGUCCUUGUAUCGGUCAGUGGAAGCGACAUGAUGGUGUCGAGAAGGGAACCAGUAAUGCUAUCCUGACUUCGUAUAACCGAAACUUCCGUGGCCGUAAUGAUGGUAACCCUGAUACUAUGAACUUCCUCGCCUCCCCUGAGAUCGUUACCGCCAUGGCCUUUGCCGGAUCUACCACCUUCAACCCCAUGACCGACAGCAUCAAGACUCCUGAUGGCAAGGACUUCAAGUUCUCGCCUCCCCACGGUCUCGAGGGUCCACAGACUCCUUUCGAGUCUGGCAACGCCGAGUUGGGCGUCCUAUCACAGGCUCCGGACUCUAACACCAAGAUCGCCAUCUCUCCUACUUCCGAGCGUCUGGCGUUCCUCGACCCUUUCCCCGCCUUCCCCUCUUCAGACCUUUCUGGCCUUCGCGUCCUCGUCAAGGUCACCGGCAAGUGUACCACCGACACCAUCUCCGCCGCUGGUCCCUGGCUUAAGUACAAGGGCCAUCUGCCCAACAUCAGCACCAACACCCUCAACACCGCCAUCAACAAGGAGACCGGCGAGGUCAACGCCGCCUACGAUCUUGAUGGUUCCAAGCACACUAUCCCCGAGCUCGGACAGCUCUGGAAGGACCGUGGCCAGGAGUGGCUUGUCGUUGCUGAGCACAACUACGGUGAAGGUUCAGCUCGUGAGCACGCUGCUCUGCAGCCUCGUUACCUUGGCGCUCGCGUUGUCCUUACCAAGUCAUUUGCCCGUAUCCACGAGACCAACCUCAAGAAGCAAGGUGUUGUGCCACUGACCUUCGAGAACGAGGCUGACUACGACAAGAUCGCUGCGGGCGAUGAGGUUGCUACCGUUGGUCUUUACGAGAUGCUUCAGAACGGUGGUAAGGGCGAUGUGCAACUCCGUGUUACCAAGACCUCCGGUGAAGAGGUGCUCAUCCCUACUAAGCACGCCGUAACUAAGGACCAGGCCGGCUUCAUCCUCGCUGGCAGCGCCCUUAAUCUGCUAUCCAAGGGUAUAUGA